AUGGAGUUGUGUAAGCUUUCAUCGGUCCUCAUUUCUCUCGUAGCCUUAUUAUCCCUACUCCAUUCCCUUUACGCGCAGGACUCAAUCCAAGACUACCUGAACAGCCACAACUUUGCUCGGUUGGCGGUCGGUAACGUUCCGAUGGAGUGGGAUCCUGAACUAGAGCGUUUUGCCCAAGACUAUGCCUCAAAGCACGUCCAUGACUGCCAACUUGUCCACUCCGGUCAUAAGUACGGUGAAAACCUUGCCAUGAGCUGGGGUGAGAUGUUCGGCUUAGAUGCUGUGAGUAUGUGGGUAGGGGAGAAGCAGAACUACGAUUACGCCUCGAAUUCUUGCGUCGGCGGCGAAUGCGGGCAUUAUUUGCAGGUCAUUUGGAACACCUCGACUCAUCUGGGUUGUGCCAAAGCGAGGUGCAAGAACGGGGGUACUUGGAUCGGCUGCAACUAUAACCCCCCUCCAAGUGGGGAUAGGCCUUACAACCCCCCGCCAAGUGAGGAGAGCCUUUACUAA